UAGGAGGACGUUUAAAUAAGCUGUGAUCUUGGUAUGUGGCAGGGUUGCGUGUGUCGGACAGAGACAGAUGGGGAGGUUGGUAAUUUUUAGGGGCGAGGGUUGAAGGAGGAAACUUGACUUGCGUUUAGGCGCAUGGAGUAGUUCGAGGGGGCUUUGGAAUGAGGAGGAAAAGAUCUAGAUAGAAAUGUUUUGGUUUUCGUGUGAUCUGUGCAUGAAGACUUCAAACAGAGACAAGAAGACAGGUUCAGUGGUACACACGACAAGUGGACAGGACGUCAAUGUGGCAGUGACUUCAUGACUUCGUCGUUUUACAAUAAGAAAAUGGUAUGAGGACCGCGUUUGGGCUGUAGCGAUCAUCCUUUGCAAAAUACACAUAAAAGUGCAACUAUGAUUUUGACAUUGACAACACAGACAUAAAUAAUUACGUCUUCAUUCAAGUUUUAAUGUGUUUCGUUGACAGCGAAUUGUGAGUCGUGUUGUAAACCUGUGAAUCAAAAGGAAUAGAUGUAGAAUUUAUUUCGUCUUGUACAUCUCGUAGUAGCCGGCGAAUUCACUGAACAUCGCAGUGGAAAGAAGGAAAAAUAAAUAAAAAGAUUUUACUGGAUUACCGGAACAUUUUAACUGAUCGGUAAGUUUCCAAGAUAACUCCCGGAGCUGGAGGAUUGCCUGGAAGUUUAACACUGAAACAAAUGUUAUCAGUGGUUACCAUUCUUUAAUUUUUACAAGAAACUAACUUAAAAAAAGUGUACUUUAUUUACAAGUGUGUGCCAUACAUCAGUAAACCCGAAUUUGGGCUCCUUUCCGGUUAAUGACACAUCUUAUUACGACUGAUAAAAAUAAACGUGUUGACAGUGUAAAAUAUCUCAUCAAGAAAUCAGGAUGGCCCAGACUGUCUCAACAUUCAUUAAUAACAAUAUCAACGUGGACAUGUCAGUUCACAGCUCAAAUUGAAGCGUUCUUGUGGAUGAGGAAUGGUAGGAGAGGGGGUAGAAGGGGGCUUCGGGGGUGAAGGCAGAGUGAGAUAGGGGAAACCCCUCCCCUCCACUACCGUGCAUGAAGUUGUGUAAGUCUUAAAAGGAGCUUUGGACUUGACAUGUCAAGAAUACGAUUGACAGGUCGCCGCCGGCUUCGGGGAGCCAUGCCCAAAACAAAAUGUAAAUAGUUUUCGCGACACAGAACCAAAGAGUUUCUACGUGUUUAUAAAUAGAUUGGCAGAAAUAGCCGCUAAGACUUGCGAUAUUUUAUCUCAGUUUUCACGUCAGAAGGAACGCGUUUCUCCGAGUAGUUGUAAUAGCACAUCAAUUUAUGUGGUACGAGUGACAUUGACAAGUGCUGCUGCGUUGCGGUGAAUAUAGUGACUUAUCAACAAACAAAGAUCUUCUGUUUAUAAAAGAGUCGAAGCGUCGCAUCAAAGUAGAUUCGCUGUUGCUUUGUUCCGAAUACAGAAGUCAAACACGCUAAAAUAAAACUGACGCACUAGUCGUAAAUGUAGCAUCUUAUUUCGACAGAUUCUCUACAAUUUUUUUUUGUAAAAUUUGUCUUGUUUCUGCUUUAACAGAAUAACAUUUCGAAAUUAUUUUAUUUCUUUAUAUACGUCGUAUGAUUACAGAUUAGUAACAGGAUGAUAAUCGUCUGAUUUAUUUGAAAAAUGUGAAUAAUGCAUACAAAAAUAUAGGCCUGUAGCUGUGGGCUACUGAAGAACUCCCUGAUGAUAAUUUACCAGUUACAAACUCGUCCUGCUAAUUCGAUGGAGAAACUUCGAUUACUGUGGAGCUAUAUCGACCCGCUGCCAUGUAAAUAUGAUAUUAUACUUGAAACAAUGUGGGGAACUGAGCAUUUUCUGUGUUUUUAAACCUGUCUCACUGUCACUAACUUGAAAAGACUUGCAAGGUAUCCGUCUGGUGCAUCUGAACACUUUAAUUCCUUCGUAAGGUAGGCGUGUUUCGGUAUUCAUGUAAGCGCCGUCAACAGAAUGAAAGUGUAGGCAGUGAAAUGGCUCUUGAAACGGAUCGCUGUAGCCCCAGCAGCGCCUCGAGCCCAGGCCCCACAUCAAGUACGAGGCCGGGAAGCGAUGGCUCGUCUCCCGCCAACGGGUCGGGAACCCCAGACUCUUGCACGAGUCUGUGUUGCAACGGCAAAAUCCCGCAGCCUCCUUCAGUUCUUAGCUCACCGUCUGUUUCCCACGGGACACCUAAUCUUACACACCACACACCCCCUUCGCACACCACGAACCACCAAGAACAACCGUGUCAUUGCUGUGGGCCGGUGUCACCCCCUGCGUAUGCUGAUAACAUCCUUCACAACAAGCCCACAGCGUGCAUACCACGAUCCCCUGAUUCAACCCCAUCGUCCCCUAGUCAUAAUCACCCGUCUUUAUGCAACCCGCCAUUUUCAUCUCCGUCCCCUAGUGAGCGGCAUAACCAGCCCUUGAAACCCCUUCCGUCGCCACCAAGUAAUGGGUCUAGGACCUCGUUCUCAUCUGUGUCCCCCCAAUCGUCUCUUCCUUCAUCCCCUAGUCAUAACCGGCAUUGCCAAGCUUCUCCACCGCAACAACACCUGGGGUCUUCCCCCAGUGGCCCGUCACCCCGUCCCGCGAACAAUGAAACGGUGCCCCAACCCACGACAUUGCCUUUCUCGGUAGCCAACAUCUUAAGACCUGAUUUCGGUCGACGAGCAGUGAUAACAUCAAAGCAGCAAGAACCAUUAUUUAGGCCUGGAGGCAUCCGUCGCACUGUAACACCGAUAUGUGAUUACCAAAGACUUUAUCGGCCUCAUGAACACUUACCGGGAAUCCAGCCCUUGCCGGCGCCAAAGCCAACGAAGAAGCAGACAUCGGCUUGGCCAUCAGUGGUAAGAAAUCCAACGCUUCCUACAGAAGACGUUAGUUUCAAAGUCUCUGCGCGGGAGACUUCUAACCACCAGCAGGCGAGGAGCAAAGGGGUUUCGACGCCAGUUCCGACGUCGGGCGCCGCGAGCCCUCCGCUGUCACCUGCCAGCAGCACAGUAUCGGCUUCGUCGUCAAACCCGGAUGACAAAGUGGGCAACGCCGACUGUGCCAAAGGGUCUCAGCUGUGGCCGGCUUGGGUCUACUGCACGCGCUAUUCCGACAGACCUUCGUCUGGUGAGUGUCACAUUCUUGCAUCUGCACUCAGCAGGCCGCAGGCCUAA